AUGGAAUAUACUAUACAAAGCUGCAAUGACUAUGUUUCCAGAGGAGGAAAUAACCAAGAAGAAAACGAAGAAGAUUAUGAGGAAGAUAACCAAGAAGAAAAUGGAGAAAAAGAUGAAAUUCAGGGACUAAAGCACUACAAUAUCAGAAGAUUCAUCAGAAAUCCUAAUGAACCAACACCAGGGUCUUCAUGGGGAGUGAUAGAUAAUAUCACAAAAUUUAUUUUCCCAGGUGAUAUAUAUUGUAUACCCACCAAAAAUCGAAUAGGUUUAGAUCAUCAAAAAAAAUUAUAUCAAGAAGCAGUUGGCAUACCACAUUCGCCACAUGGUCACACUUUCCAAUGGAGAGCACAUCCUUCUUGGUGA